AUGCGCGACAUUUAUGUUGUUGUUUGUGGCGGUAAGAUGGCGGCGCUCGGAGACACCUCAGCUCCGGAGGUGAAUGGGUUAAUACAACAAUUCACAGCAAUAACAGGGGCCACGGAGAGCGUAGGACAACACAUGUUGGAAGCAUGCAGCAACAACCUGGAGAUGGCAGUGACCAUGUUCCUGGACGGAGGCGGGAUUGCAGAGGAGCCCAGCACUAGCUCCAGUUCAGCAGCUUCAAGCAGCAGAGCUCCCCCCUCAGAUGAAGUACGAGCACCCAUUCCCCAGAAGCAGGACAUAUUGGUGGAACCGGAACCAUUGUUUGGAGUGCCAAAGCGAAGAAGACCUGCUCGAUCUAUAUUUGAUGGUUUCCGAGACUUCCAAACAGAAACAAUUCGCCAGGAACAGGAGCUGCGUAACGGUGGAACAGUGGAUAAGAAACUGAGCACCCUGGCAGACCUUUUCCGUCCUCCCAUUGAGCUCAUGCACAAAGGCAGCUUUGAGACGGCUAAAGACUGUGGACAACUGGAGAACAAGUGGCUUAUGAUCAACAUUCAAAAUGUUCAGGACUUUGCCUGCCAGUGCCUGAACAGAGAUGUUUGGAGUAACGAUGCAGUGAAGACCAUCAUCAGAGAACACUUUAUAUUCUGGCAGGUUUAUCAUGAUAGUGAGGAGGGACAAAGAUACAUCCAGUUCUAUAAGCUGAACAAGUUCCCCUAUAUUUCCAUCCUCGAUCCCCGAACAGGUCAAAAAAUGGUGGAGUGGAAUCAGCUGGACGUGGCGUCGUUCCUGGAGCAGACGACCGGCUUCCUGGCAGAGCACGGGCAGCUAGAUGGGCCGUCCUGUCACGCACCUCCUGCCAAACGGGCUCGCUCUGAGAGUUUGAUCGAUGCCAGUGAAGACAGUCAGCUGGAGGCAGCGAUCCGAGCCUCCCUACAGGAGACCCACUACGAGUCCUCAAAUGCCCCCGAGCCCCCCGAUUCCCCCCGAUCCGACGACGAAUCCGACGCAGAGCCUUUCUCCGACAGCGAGGGUCCCAUCUCUGUUGACGGCUCAGACAGCGAAGUGCCAGUACCCCACGAAGAGAAAAGUUUUACCAGCAAACACACACCGCUCCCUCCGGCCAAUGCGGCUCAGCAGCGUCUACAUCCCGAUAGUUCCACUUCUUCCCAUAGAAAGUCUCCGUACAAAGAAAACAACCACAGUCACAAGAAGGAGGAGAGCAAAAAGAACCACCUGGAGCCCUCGGCUGCCGGUCCUCGUCAUCCUCAGCCUGAAGCAGAUUCUGGAGGCAACCACUGUCCCCCAGCGGCGGAAAGCGCCGGACCUUCCAAGACCAGCACCACCAAAACCUGUGACGGGGACUGUCCUGACGACAAUGGUCCCAAAGCCAGGUUGAUGCUCCGUUACCCAGACGGACAGAGAGAACAAAUUUCCUUGUCUUCUAAAGCAAAACUUUUGGCCCUGGUAAGACACGCCCAGUCCAAAGGUUACCCUAAUGAACGCUUCGAACUCGUCACCAACUUUCCCAGAAGGAAGCUGGCCCACUUGGACUAUGACAUCACGCUGCAGGAGGCGGGGCUUUGUCCACAGGAGACUGUAUUUGUUCAGGAGAGGAACUAGCCUUGUCAGACUCACUCACUUUCGCUUGACUGUAUCUCUCUGUGAUAGACCUCACCCUCUCACCAAUGAUCUGGGACGAUGUCACUGGCCUUGAUCCCGAUACCUUUCUGUUGUCCUGGAAUUAGGCCCCGAUUUUGCCAAGACAGCUCUCAGUGGAUGGACUACUUUCCCCGCCACUCCACUAAUCUGAAUACUGAUGUCUCUACUGACAGCCUAAUACCUUUGUACUGCUCUACAAUUGGCCAGUAAGGUGUACGGAUGCCGGCACUCUUUCAUUUUUUUAAAAAUUGCGAUUUAUUCUUUUCUGAUAAAGGCUUCAUUUUUGUUCUGAACUCGGAGGCACAUCAGGAAAU